AUGGGCUACUAUUUGUGCGACGACAUAUAUCCGGAGUGGCGCUGCUUCGUCAAGAGUCCGCCGAUGGCGACCAAUCCAAAGGAGGCGAAGUUCAAGAAGAUGCGAGAAUCGGCACGAAAGAAUAUCGAACGUGCUUUUGGAGUGCUUCAAGCUCGAUGGGGAAUCAUUCAAAGUUCCGCGCGGGGUUGGUACGUCGACAAUCUCAAGGAAAUCAUGAUGUGUUGCAUCAUUCUCCACAACAUGAUUGUUGAGAAAGAGCUGCCCAUUGGAGAGAUGACGACGCAGGACAUGGGGUGUCUAGCAGUGACUCGUCCAAGAGUGCUCGAGCAACACCGAUUUGCUUCGAGCUGCUAA